CGCGUCUUCUUCUUCUUGCGCUCUCUCUCUCUCUCUCUCUCUAAUUAUUAGCAUCUAAUUCAGUUGCUCUUCUCCAAUUGGUGAAAGAAAUAUUAUGGCUAUGGAGGUUACACAGGUGCUUUUGAGUGCACAGUCAAUAGACGGAGCUGUACGAACGAAUGCAGAAGAAAGUUUGAAACAGUUUCAGGAGCAGAACCUUCUUUUCUUGGUGUCGCUUUCUGGAGAGUUAGCAAAUGAGGAGAAGCCUGUUGAAACACGUAAAUUAGCUGGCUUGAUACUUAAGAAUGCAUUGGAUGCUAAGGAACAGCACAGGAAGUUUGAGCUUGUUCAAAGAUGGUUAUCGUUGACAGAUGCAAAGAGCCAGAUUAAGGCAUGCUUACUGAAGACUCUAACAUCUCCAGUAUCUGAUGCUCGUUCAACUGCAUCUCAAGUCAUUGCAAAGGUUGCAGGCAUUGAGUUGCCACAGAAACAGUGGCCUGAGUUGAUAGGUUCACUUUUAUCAAAUAUUCACCAGCUACCUGCUCAUGCUAAGCAAGCCACUUUGGAGACUCUUGGGUAUUUUUGUGAGGAGGUCUCCCCAGAUGUCAUUGAUCAAGAUCAAGUGAAUAAAAUUCUUACAGCUGUAGUUCAAGGCAUGAGUUAUUCAGAAGGAAGCAUUGAUGUGAGGCUUGCUGCUACAAGAGCACUUUACAAUGCAUUAGGAUUUGCACAGGCAAAUUUCAGCAAUGACAUGGAGCGUGAUUAUAUCAUGAGAGUUGUCUGUGAGGCAACGCUGUCCCCAGAAGUGAGGAUAAGGCAAGCAGCUUUCGAGUGUUUGGUAUCCAUUUCAUCAACUUACUAUGAAAAACUAGCUCCAUAUAUCCAGGAUAUUUUUAACAUCACAGCAAAGGCUGUGAAAGAAGAUGAGGAACCUGUUGCCCUUCAAGCCAUUGAGUUCUGGAGUUCAAUAUGUGAUGAGGAGAUAGAUAUUUUGGAAGAAUAUGGUGGUGAUUUUACUGGGGACUCUGAUAUACCUUGUUUUUACUUCAUCAAGCAGGCACUUCCUGCCCUUGUUCCUAUGUUGUUGGAGACACUGUUGAAGCAGGAGGAGGAUCAGGAUCAGGAUGAAGGGGCUUGGAAUAUUGCAAUGGCUGGAGGAACAUGUCUUGGUUUGGUUGCACGGACUGUGGGAGAUGAUAUAGUUCCUCUUGUCGUGCCGUUUAUUGAAGAAAAUAUUUCAAAACCAGAUUGGAGGCAGAGGGAGGGGGCUACUUAUGCCUUUGGUUCAAUCUUGGAGGGCCCUUCUCCUGAGAAGUUAAUACCCCUUGUGAAUGUUGCUCUUACCUUCAUGCUCAGUGCUUUGACAAAGGACCCCAGUAGCCACGUCAAAGACACAACAGCUUGGACUCUGGGACGUAUCUUUGAAUUUCUUCAUGGUUCAGCAGUUGAUUCUCCCAUCAUCAGUCAGGCAAAUUGCCAACAGAUAGUCACAGUUCUGCUACAGAGUAUGAAGGACACUCCAAAUGUAGCCAAGAAGGCCUGUGGUGCUCUCUAUUUUCUUGCUCAAGGUUAUGAGGAAAUGGGUCCAUCAUCUCCAUUAACUCCUUUUUUCCAGGAAAUUGUCCAGUCCCUUCUCACUGUCACUCACAGAGAUGAUGCUGAUGAAUCCCGGUUGAGGACUGCUGCUUAUGAGACAUUGAAUGAAAUAGUGAGAUGUUCAACAGAUGAGACAACUCCAUUGGUGUUGCAAUUGGUUCCUGUCAUCAUGAUGGAGCUGCAUAACACCCUGGAAGGCCAGAAACUCUCAUCUGAUGAAAGGGAAAAGCAAAGUGAAUUGCAAGGCCUUCUUUGUGGGUGUUUACAAGUUAUUAUUCAGAAGCUUGGUUCAUCAGAACCAACCAAAUAUGUGUUCAUACAGCAUGCAGAUCAGAUCAUGGGACUUUUCCUUAGGGUUUUUGCUUGUAGGAAUGCUACCGUACAUGAGGAAGCCAUGCUUGCUAUUGGUGCUCUUGCUUAUGUGGCAGGAUCAGAUUUUGCAAAAUACAUGCCAGAGUUUUAUAGGUACUUGGAAAUGGGUCUCCAGAAUUUUGAGGAGUACCAGGUCUGUGCUGUGACUGUUGGUGUUGUGGGUGACAUUUCCAGGGCACUGGAGGAAAAAGUUGUGCCUUAUUGUGAUGGCAUUAUGACUCAACUUCUCAAGAAUUUAUCAAGCAACCAGUUGCAUCGCUCUGUGAAGCCUCCCAUAUUUUCAUGCUUUGGUGACAUUGCGUUGGCAGUAGGAGAGUAUUUUGAGAAGUACCUAAUGUGGGCCAUGUCUGCACUUCAAAGCGCUGCAGAGUUGUCUACCCGUAUAGCAGGUGAUGAUGAAUUGGUAGAGUACACAAACUCCCUGAGAAAUGGAAUUCUGGAGGCAUAUUCUGGUAUUUUCCAAGGGUUUAAAAACUCUCCCAAAACUCAGCUGUUGAUUCCUUAUGCACCUCACAUCCUCCAGUUUUUGGAUGGCAUAUACAUGGAGAAAGACAUGGAUGAUGUGGUCAUGAAAACUGCCAUCGGAGUCCUUGGAGAUCUAGCUGAUACAUUGGGAAGUCAUGCUGGUUCUAUGAUACAGCAAUCCAUCUCAAGCAAAGACUUUUUGAAUGAAUGCUUGUCUUCAGAGGACCUUAUGAUUAAAGAAUCCGCUGAAUGGGCCAAGUUGGCCAUUAGUCGUGCCAUUUCUGUUUGAUGAUGUAGGCAUUCAGCAUGUUUAUUUUCUUUUAGAAGUCCAUGCAUUCGGGUGUGUUUAGUUGAGGGUCUGGGGUUGCAUGUGUCAAGUCAUUGCCAUUGUCAGAUUACUGAAGCUAUCUGUCUUCAUGUUGUCACUAACAUCUGCAUCAGCAUCAGCAUCAGCAUCAUCAAUGAACUGGAUGAAGAGAAUAUCUUUUGGUCUUGAAGGAUUGGAGCAGAGGAGUGGAUCAUGGAGUGUAACUUGCUGGAAUGACUGACUAGUCAUGUAGCUUGGUCACUUGUUUUUACAUGUUAUGUCGAGAUAAGCAUUGAGUUUUGCUGUAUCAUGAUCUUCUCCCAGUAAAUUUAGCUUGAUGGGACGGAUGAUUUGAGUAUCUGGUUCCAAGUGGAGCAGCGGUUAAAUAAAUCUCCAGUGCUGCAAACUACCAUUGUCAACCUAGAAAUCCUAAUUUUUGAAGCUCAAGUCCCUGCAUAUUUUUUAAGUAAAUGCAUCAGUGGGGUGCAUUUAAUCACUUUUGCUUCUUUUACAUAUUUUGGUUUUGGGUCGGGUCGGGUCUAAGGUCUGGGAUUAACCACAUUCAGCAUUGCAUUCAUUAGAAUCAAUUCCAAUUGUUGGUUUUAGUUGGGAGUCAAAUUGUUGGAUCUCAUGCAUUCAUAGAAUUUCAUGGUUUUUGCGUUUCAUUUUGGGUAUACUUUUUGAUUUUCUAUUGUUAUUUGAAAAUGUAUUUUUGGUUAUCACUGCCAAGAGAAAGUGAUUACUAUUUAGAAUCACAGUUUGGGCAUAUGGCAUUGAACGGAAUGAACGAGGCAACUUAUUUCUGUGUGCCUCGUUACUGUUUUUUUUAUUUUAAUAAAAGAGAGGCUUUGGCCUUUUUGCUUUUUA